AGCAGGAACCCGAGAGCUCUUCAGUCAAUUUGCGUAUGACCUACAGACUUCAAUAGGCCUACUAUAACGUCAAUAUUGACACCAGUCUAGGGACUCUCAAAAGCAUUCACGGGGACAUUCUGUGCAAUUUCUGUAUUGAAGGAGUUACAAAGGACACAGAAAGGCAUUUUAUUGUGGAUUCUGGCUUUUUCACAACACGGCCUUCCCCCUACUGCGGUGAACGCCACGAUGAGUCUGAGUGUGAACGAGCUGACGGAGCUGAUGGAGAUGUGGGCGGAGCUUAACUUCACGGGGGACAACAUGUCAUCCCACCACGUAGAGGCUCUGCUGUGCCCGGCUGGGUUCAGCCACGCGGCGGUGCUCUACACCCUCUCUGUCCUCUACAUCUUCAUCUUCCUGGUGGGCCUGGCCGCCAACACCCUGGUGGUGUGGGUCAACCUCCGCUCAGAGAGGAACCGCUUUGAGACCCACCUGUACAUCCUCAACCUGGCUGUGGCUGACCUCUGUGUGGUGGCUACUCUCCCAGUCUGGGUCAGCUCGCUGCUGCAGCGCGGCCACUGGCCCUUCGGCGAGGCCGUCUGUAAGAUCACCCACCUGGUGUUCAGCGUCAACCUCUUCGGGAGUAUCUUCUUCCUCACCUGUAUGAGCGCGGACCGCUACAUGUCCGUGGCGCUAUUCGGAGACGGAGGGAACAGCCGCAGGAAGAAGGUGGUGCGGAGGGUGAUCUGUAUCCUGGUUUGGCUGCUGGCGCUGGCCGCCUCCGUCCCAGACACUUACUUUCUCCAGGCGGUCAAGUCCACACACUCUGACGCCACCCUGUGCCGGCCCGUCUACCCCACUGACAACCCCCGAGAGUGGAUGGUGGGCAUCCAGCUUAGCUUCAUCGUCCUGGGCUUUGCCAUCCCGUUCCCGGUCAUCGCUGUCUUCUACCUGUUAUUAGCAGGCGCCAUCGGCAACGCCAACCCGCCAGGCUCCAGCGCCAACUCAAACCAGGAGCGACGCAUCAGCCGGAAGAUCAUCCUGACCUACAUUGUGGUGUUCCUGGUCUGCUGGCUGCCCUACCACGGAGUCCUAUUGGUCGACACUUUAUCUCUCCUCAACGUCCUGCCCUUCAGCUGCAGGCUGGAGAACUUCCUGUAUGUGUCCCUCCACCUGACCCAGUGCUUCAGCCUCAUCCACUGCUGCAUCAACCCCGUCAUCUAUAACUUCAUCAACAGAAACUACCGUUACGACCUCAUGAAGGCCUUCAUCUUCAAGUAUUCCACCAAGACGGGCCUGGCCAAGCUCAUUGACGCAUCACAUGUGUCCGAGACGGAGUACUCGGCCGUGGCGGCGGUGGAGAAUAACAUGUGAUUGGCCCGCUGGGAGAGGACAGGAUAAGAUAGGAUACACUUUAUUGUCCCUAAGGGGAAAAUUGUCUUGGACCCACAGAGGUGAUGUCACACAACCCACAGAGAACUGACUCUCUACCAAACAGACUCUAUUUAAGGCCUGCUGAACGGGCUGAACAGUUAACUGACUGCAUGCAGUCCCUGGGAAGGACAUCUCAAGCACAUUAGACGCACUGUAAAAGACCAAGACCAAAUACAUAUGCUCUGUUUCAUUUACAGUGUGACUCCAGUUUUGUUAUAAUUUCCCCCUUUUUGAGUGAGUUUGGUUAACUUCCCCCUGGUUAGUAACAGGGGUGGGGGGUCUUCUUCAUAAAGCACUUCUUCUGAACUGGAGACUUGGUGUCACCCAAACAGAUGGUUCAAUGACAUCGUAAACACACACACACACACACACACACACACACACACACACACACACACACACACACACACACACACACACACACACACACACACACACACACACACACACACACACACACACACACACACACACACACACACCCUUCCCCCUGCCCUGGUCGGAGCCACAGCGGAGGGAGACGAGGUGCUCUCCCUGCCAGUGUUUAUGUGAGCAGGCAGUCAGUCAACCAGACUCCAUUACCCUGAAGGACCUGCCACUGAAUCAAGCCACUGUGUUUACAUAGGAAUCAGGAAUGUCAAACGGACUGACAGCCGAGACCAGAGUCAAAACUCUAAAGCUAUAUUUUAUUUUGUAUUCUUUAUUCUGAUCCCCCUCAGCUGACUCUUAGCUUCUGGUCUUCGCUGGGGCCAUAAAAAAGACAUUACAAACACGAAAGCCAAUCUGUAGAAUGUGAGAAGUAGAUGUAUGUAUGUUGAUGUAUGUAUGUUGAUGUAUGUAUGUUGAUGUAUGUAUGUAUGUUGAUGUAUGUAUGUUGAUGUAUGUAUGUUGAUGUAUGUAUGUUGAUGUAUGUAUGUUGAUGUAUGUAUGUUGAUGUAUGUUGGUCAGUGAGGUGUCCAUAUAAAGCCAGGAGGAUCCAUCCAGUCCCAAACACUCCUGUAGAUGACGCAUUUAGGAAGUAUUGGUGCUUAGUAUGUAGAAUGAAGGAGUAGACUUUCAAAUCCACAUUAUUAGAUCAUUGUUUAUUCUGUAAAUAUCAUAUUUAUAUAUUUGUUGAUCUGUAGGUGCAGUGAUUUUGUGAAGUUUUGUGAAACGGAAUCAAUGAAGGUGUGCUUUCUGUGUAAUGUUAAAAAAAUGGCAGUUUUGCUACUGUUUAAAAUAAUAUACCAUUAGUUAUAUUUUAGUUAUCUUGUUCUUUUUGUUCAACUAGUUUGCAUUUAUUUCACUACACAAAAGAAAAACAAUGUGUGUACAUUUCAGUCACAACCUGAAAAUCAUUUGCAACUGUUUUUGAAUUUGCAAACACAGUUUCUUGCCAGUCAGUUGAUGUUUUUACGCUCUUGUGUAAAAUAACAAAUAAAUGCACAAAACAGUU